AUGAAGAAGGGCAGCAGGAGGUUUACCUUGAGGAUCGAUGAGCAAGACGACACCUGCGUCCCACCCAUGCGCGGCCCGGGCCAGCUCCAGAAUGUGUCGGAUGGGGGAGAGUACGCCCCCUUUGUGUCUCCUCCCAUGUUAGAGGGCAACUUUAUCCAGGUCAACAAGAGAGGUGAAUCCAUUUACCUUCAUAACCGAGCCAACUGGGUGGCUGUGGCCAUCUGCUCUUCCAAGGGCAGCCUCCAGAUCCCCAACGUGAUGUUGUUAGCUCAUCUGACACCUGACGCCCAGAAGGAUAGAGAGCCCCUGUUCAGAAGUCUCCUGACAUCUUCUCCAGAGAAACUGGUGCUCACCAGGUUUCUUCCUCUGCAAUUUGUGACUCUGUCUGUGCACGAUGCUGAGAAUAUGUGCCUCAAAGUGAAGCUGGUGAGUGGUCGAGCCUACUACCUACAGCUCUGUGCCCCUGCAUACAAACAGGAAGCCUUAUUUUCUCAGUGGGUGGAGCUCAUCUCCCACUUGAAUCAGGAGAAAGCCAAAGCUUCCAAAGUGUUGGAAUUCUUGAGCCUCUCAGAAAUCACAAAUAGCACAGACAUCACAGGCUCAGGGGACAUCAUGGAUAUCACAGAUUUCACAGCUAUACAGACUUCACAUACAUUCACAUAUUCAGACCCCACGCAUGCCAUAGAGAGCACUGAUUUCUCAGAAUUAACCUUCAUCACCGAUGUCACCGACGUCACAGAUGUUCCAGAAAACGAGGUCACUGAGGCCUCAGAUAUAAACAUUUUCACAGAAGUCACAGAAGUCACAGACGUCACAGACCUCCACGAUGUCGCAAGCAGCUCAAGGUUCAGAGUGGUAUAUGAAAAUGAUGACAUACUAAGGGCCAAGCAAGAAGAAAAGGAAAAAAUGGAAAACAGUCUGAAGCCUGGGUGUCUCCAAGGUACAGAAAGUGAGAGUGAGAUCAACGAAGCCUCAAAGCACAUCGCCAUCUCAAACGUGACAGUGACUUUCGAGGGCGAAAGAUGUUUUCAUACUGUCCUGACUACAGAAGAAAAUGCACCCACUACAGUCACGGAGAUGAGCGAUACAACCUUGGAAAUAAGGACAAGCGAUUUGAAAAGCACGGCUCUCGAGUCUGUAGAAUCCAGGAGCAUGAGAACUGAUUUAAACACUUCAGGUAUGGAUCCCCAUGUCAAACCCUCCUCUCAUUUCCUCCAACUUGUGCCUCAUCUAUCUCCCCCUUUCUCAGGGGAAUGGACACGAGGAGCGGCCUCAGGGGGAGCCAGAUUUUCUUCAGGAGUGGACAGUCAUCCACGGAGAGGCGAGCCCAGGGCUGUGACCCGCUGCCACCGCGUCUCAGGGAAACGCCGCGUCGCCACACGACCUCCCCACCCGCUCAAGCCCAAAGCGAUUCCCGAAGCCGAGCGCCCCGAGCAUUUUAUUGCUGAAAAUAGUAUUCCAUCUUAUGGAGAUACCGCACUUUGUUUAUCCAUCUACCAGUUAAAGGACAUUUGA